UCUGGCACAGGGUGGGGGGCCCGCGGGUGGGGGGUGGGGGGCAGCAUCCCCCAGUGUCCCCAACCGCCCUCUCCUUCUCGCAGGACGCCGGAUGCCGGUGCCGUGAGCCGCCCGGGAUGGGCAAGCGGCUGCUGGUGGCCUACGGGCUGUGGGCGCUGGGGGGGCCGCUGGGGCUGCACCACCUCUACCUGGGCCGCGACAGCCACGCGCUGCUCUGGAUGCUGACGCUGGGCGGCUUCGGCGCCGGCUGGCUCGGGGACUUGUGGCACCUCCCUGGCUGGGUGGCCGCCGCCAAUGGGGCCGGGGCGCCGGGGCAGCGCGGGGGGAGCGUGCCGGCGCUGAGCGCCCUGCGCCUGGCGGGGCAGGUGGUGGUGGGGACGUAUUUCGGGCUGGCGGCGGCGUUGGCGCUGCCCUGGAUGCCGCAGCUGCUGGCGCAGCCGCUGGCCGUGGGGCUGGGGGUGCUGCUCGUGUCCUCGGUGGGCGACCAGGCCUCCGAGGCGCCCAGCAUCCUCGCCGCGGCCUUCCUCGCCUCCUUCCUCUUCCAGGGCCGGGUGCUGGCGGUGCUGCCCUCCAGCCUGGCCGCCAGCAUCGCCGCCCAGCGCCACCGGCGCUACAAACGCCCCGGGGCGCCCCAGCCACGGCUGCCGGCCCGGCUUUACCACCUGGGGCUGGCCUACCUGGCCUUCGCCGCCCCGCUCGCCUACGGCGUCCUCAGCGGUGCCGCCGGGGUGCUGGGCGCCCCGCUGCGCUGGCUCGGGGCCCUCCUGGCUCUGCCCCGUGCCGUCGCCGAGCGGCUCCUGCUCCUGCCCCUGCGCGCCGGCCGGAUCCUGGCCGAGCUUCUGGGCUUCGCCAGCCCCGAGCCCGGCGGCUGGAGCGAGAGGCGGCAGUGGGCCUACAAGGUCCUGGGCAUCCCGUCCGGUGCCGCCGCCGAGGACGUGCACAGGAGCUACCGGGAGCUGGUGAAGGUCUGGCACCCGGACCACAACCGGCAUCGGGCCGAGGAGGCCGAGAGGCGCUUCAUCGAGCUGCAGGAGGCCUACGAGGUGCUGGCGGGGCCCAGGAGGGCCGCGGCGGGGUGAUGGGGCUGGCAGCCCCCGGCCCGUGGAGACCAAAGGCCGUGAGAGGGGAUUCUAUAACACGAGGAUGGCUUCUGGCUGCUGC